AUGAAGACGCCAGCGGCCAGCGAGGACUGCAUCCAACCUCUAGUGUUCCAGUCCAGCUCCAGCCGGCCCUCUGCGUCUCUCCUGAGGUUUGGUGGCCUGGCUCUGGUCCUCGCCGCUGUUUUAUUGUUGUGUGCGUUUGUGGCUGCUUUGUUCUUCGGGAAGGUCACCGACACAAACGUUUACAAUGUGCACUACAGUAUGAACAUCAAUAGCCAGCUGAGAGAGGCAUCGGCUGAAAUUGAUUCUGACAAUAACCUAGAGAGAUUUAAAACAGGAGAGCGGGCCGAAGCUUUGGAGAUCCACGACUUUCAAAGUGGAAUAACUGGGAUCCGAUUCUCUGGUGGAGACAAGUGCUAUAUAAAAUCCCAAAUCAAAGACGACCUGCCAGACAUAGAAAGUGACAACAGAGAGCGACUGAUGCCUGACCCGAGAGAUGAGAUGCUGCCAGUGAGUUCCGAGGAGCACAUCAUGACAUGGGUGACGGCGGAUCAACCACUGAAGGACAGCACAUUCCUGAGUCCAAAGAUUAUCACUCUAUGCCAGGGUCUGCCCAUUUACUGGCUCCAACCAGCAGAUCCGAAAGGAGGCCUCAGAGACGCAGUAGGAUAUGCAGAGGCCCGCGCUGGGAGGACGUGCUUGGGACCCUCGUGGACAGUGACCCAGUACUCUGCGCCUCUUGUGGCUCUUCUGACAGAUGGAGUUCGGCAGCGGCGGCGGAGAGAGGCGGGGAGAGCCAGACAACAGACUAACACUCGCAGGUCCAAGCCAGCUGCUGCAGAGCGGAGGGGACCCAAAGAGGGAGCCCCCAGAGCCGGAGCCGAGCAGGAAGACAAUGGAGCACAGUCUGCCGGGUCAGCGUUCAACCCCGAAAACCCGUACCACACUCCAAGCGGGGGGAGUGAGGACAGUGCCAUGAGCUUUGACCCCAUGCUGGACCACAGGGGCAUCUGCUGUGCUGAAUGCCAACGAGGCUACACCCAGUGUCAGAGGGUGUGCGAGCCGCUCUAUGGACACUGGCCAUGGCCCUACCAUCACCGCGGCUGCACGGUGGGCUGUCGGGUCAUCAUGCCCUGCCGCUGGUGGGUGGCACGUAUUCUUGGGCUUGUGUAG